AUGCUGAAGCAAAUCCAUGAGAUCAAGGAUUUCCUCCUGACUGCAAGAAGGAAGGAUGAACGUUCUGUGAAAAUCAAGAAGACGAAAGAUGAUGUUAAGUUCAAGGUUCGAUGCUCCAAGUACCUUUACACACUUUGUGUGUUUGAUACUGAUAAGGCUGAUAAGUUGAAGCAAUCCCUUCCUCUAGGUUUGACUGUUCAGGAUCUUUGA